GGGUGAGUGCAGUUUCCCACCCUUAGUGAUGUGGGGACCCAGAGAGAUGGAGCUCUCUUUAGGAAACAGUGGGGAGCCCCCCAAAGGAUUAAGGUAUUCCAGCCACACCCGACUAACGCUGCAAAUAUGUAGGAAAGAGAGUGAAGCAAGAUAUUUUUAAUGAGUAGCCCUGUCUAGUAGUAGAUCCCUCAAAGCACCAAGUGUGGGUAGGGAGUACAUCCGGCUGCAGGAAGCAGCAGCCAGCGGUCAGGAGGAGUAGUCACUGGCCACGCACCCUUCGCCAGCCUCCAUUCUGCCGAAAGGCAAGUUCCUGCCGUCUGCGGUUAAUGCUUUUUCACCCAUCAGUAAGAUGCACCAAGAUGAGACUUAGAGGUGCUGCACAGAAGCAGGAAAAGAAACCAGCCGCUCCUAUAUAUAGGUCUGGAGCACUUCAUUAGAAGGCAGAGGAAGAGGUUGCCUGGAGUGUGGCUGCAGCCCUGCUUUGAGCGCUCUGACACAGCAGACAGUUACACAGCAGUCAUGAGUACAGCGAGUAAGGAGUCACUGGAGAGCAAUCUGCGACAGCUAAAAUGCCAUUUCACCUGGAACCUGAUAGCAGAAGAUGAGUCCUUGGAUGAGUUUGAGGACAGGGUGUUUAACAAGGAUGAGUUUCAGAACAGUGAGUUUAAAGCCACCAUGUGCAACAUACUGGCCUAUGUAAAGCACUGCAGAGGUCUAAAUGAGGCAGCACUGCAAUGCUUAGGGGAAGCUGAGGGCUUCAUCCAGCAACAGCAUCCUGACCAAGUCGAAAUCAGAAGUCUGGUCACCUGGGGAAACUAUGCUUGGGUCUACUAUCACAUGGGCCAGUUCUCAAAAGCUCAGGCUUAUCUGGAUAAAGUGGAACAGGUCUGCAAGAAGUUUUCCAGUCCCUACAGGAUUGAGAAUCCUGCUCUUGACUGUGAGGAGGGGUGGGCCCGAUUAAAGUGUACCAAGAACCAAAACGAGAGAGUGAAGGUGUGUUUCCAGAAGGCUUUGGAAAAGGACCCGAAGAACCCAGAAUUCACCUCUGGAUGGGCCAUUGCGAACUACCGUCUGGAUGACUGGCCAGCAAGGAAUGACUAUAUUGACUCUCUGGAGCAAGCCAUUCAACUGUCUCCUGACAACACUUAUGUUAAAGUCCUCUUGGCACUGAAGCUUGACGCAGAACAUAAAAACCAAGCAAAGGCGCUGGUUGAAGAAGCCUUAAAGAAAGACCCAAGUGCAAUAGAUACACUCCUCAGUGCAGCCAGGUUUUAUUGCAAGGUAUAUGAAACAGACAGAGCUAUACAGUUGCUUAGAAAGGCUUUGGAAAAGCUACCAAACAACGCUUAUGUGCAUUACUAUAUUGGGUGCUGUUAUAGGUCAAAAGUCCAUCAUAUGUUGAACAGAAGGGAAAUGGUGUUUAAUGGGGAUCGGAAGAAGUUAGAGGAAGUAAUACAACUAGCAGUGAAUCACUUACGGAAAGCAGAGGAAAUCAAGGAGAUGCUUGAAUAUUCCUGUAGCUUCCUUGCUGAUCUUUAUGCCAUAGCAAAGAAGUAUGACGAAGCCGAUUACUACUUCCAGAAAGAAUUGAGCAAGGAUCUCCCUCCUGGCCCUAAACAGUUACUCCACCUUCGGUAUGGCAACUUUCAGUUUUUCCAAAUGAAGCGUGAAGACAAGGCUAUCUACCAUUAUAUGGAGGGUGUGAAAAUAAAGAAGAAAACACUGCCUAAAGAAAAGAUGAGAAAGAAACUUCAAAGAAUUGCCCUAAGGCGGCUUCAUGAAGAUGAGUCUGAUUCUGAGGCCUUGCACAUCUUGGCAUUUCUUCGGGAGAAUGAAGAAGGUCAGCAAGCUGAUAAAGACUCUGAGAGGGGAGUGGACUCUGCAAACCAGGUACCUCCAGCAUCUUUGGAUGAAGCAGGUGCUGAAUACUAGUGAUGUGGUACCCGGCUUACUGCUGGAAUGAAAAGGAAAACCCUUACCAAGCUGCCAUUCAAAAUACUUAACCGCUUCCUGGACCAAGAAUGGGCUAUCAUACUGACUAUAGUAUUUGUCAGGAGUUUGGGGAACCCUGCUAUCAGAUUCUAGCACCUGAGUUUCUGGAUCGUGGGAUGGUCUGGGAGAGGGACCAGAUGAGGGGAUAGAUACAGGAUCUUGGCAAACAGCCUAGAGCUCUUUCAAUUUUUUUUUGGAAAAAUGGUUUCCACAGUAGUAAUUCUUUAAUCCCUCCCCCUUCCCCCCCCCCACCCCGUGGAGGAUUGUCUUGGGCUUGUUUCAGUAUUUGUAUAAAGCAGCCAAAUUCCUUACGUGGGUGAGUGUUCCAUCCUUGAAUUAUUUUAGAUAUUGCACAGCCUUUUCUUCAUAGAUAAUAGUGUCCAUCAAAAAGCUGAGGAGUCAGAGACUGUGGCUCAGGACUGUAAUCCUAGCACUUGGAAUCUGAGACAGGAGGAUUACAGUGAACUUGAGGUCAGCCUGAGCAUGACCUGGAAGGGAUGGUGGGAGGUGAGAAUUAUACGUGUUAAUAUUUAAUGAUUAUGUACAUUACCUUGUUAGUUUGGGUGAGUAUAUGUCUAUAUAACCAUUACUAUCACACAGAUAUAAAAACACAGAAGGGAGAGGUUUUGCUUUAUUGAAUAACUUUAAGACUUACCAAAUAAUGUUCAAUAUUAAUUGAGCUCAAAAUAGAAAUUCAAUAGUGAGUCCCAGGUCUAAAAACAAACAACAAAAGUUGUGGGACCAAGCCAUUCCUCCAAUUUACUAGCCAGUUCUCAAUCUAUGGUGUCCCCCACACAUGAGUUCAACUGUUCCAUUAGCUCAGAUGGCAGCAGGAUUCGAAAAAGUGAGAACAGGGUAAGUCAGAAGGCUCACAUCUGUGCAAAGCAGUAGACUCAGGCAGCCACACCAGACUUCCGGGAGUCGCAUGGGAAGAUGUCUCCCUACUCUGCCCUCCUAGGACUAUAUAGUUGUAGGAAAAGAAGGGGGACUCUGUCUACCAUCAUGACAAUUCAUAUAAACAUUGAUUUCAAGAGUGUGGAAACCUCAGUGGGGACGAAGGGAUUGCUGAUUUAUACUCGAUGAUUAUAAACUCAUGAGGAAAAAGUUUAUAGUCACUGUUAGGAAGAUUUCUCUGUCAAAUAAAUAGUUUAUUCAGAAAUGCUAUAAUGAACCCAUAUUGCAGAUGCCAGAAAGGCAGCUGCCUAGAAUAUCUUGGAUUGAUGCUUGGGUCAAUGGACUUUGAAAAUGUCAUGGAUACUAGAGUUGAGUUGUUUUAUUCGAUGUGAAAUGUGUCACACCAAGGGAUAUAAAUAAUUUCUAUAACUCUGAACAAAAAAAACUACAGAAACACCACAAACUUGAUAAUUGCCAUUUCCUAGGUAGAUCUGGAAGGGCCUAAAUGUUAAGGUUGGUGUGAAUUGACAGAGUCAAGUGGCCCAGUAUGAGACUGUCAGCCACACACUGGGAUACAAAAAUGUUUCUCUACUGGGUUCAGCUUGUCUCUAUGUAUAUAUGAACAUUUUAUUCAGCAAUUAAAACAUCCAUGAUUCAUAGAUUAUUAAAACUUAACAUUUUAACAGCUGUAACAGUGUUUCAUAAUUUAAAAAUGAAAAUGUUCUCUAUGCAUUAAAUCCAUCGAUAUUCACCAUUUGAAUUUCUGGAAAAAUAAUAAACUUUGUUUAUAAGCAACACAUAAUGUAACAUUAAGCUAUACUCUGGUUCAUCUGAACUUUACUGUACCUUCGUUUUUUUUUUUUUAGACUCAAGUAUUGAUAAUAAAGAGUAGCAUUACCUGUCUGUUCUUUUUA